AUGUCUCCACCUGGGCCCUCCAGAGAUCGGUCGCGGGAGGUGGAGUGCUUUUUGCUCAAAUCAGCGAGCGGUGUCGACUCGCUGAUGCCACGCAACUUGGCUGCGGCCCCGGCGAAGGCUCAUGGACCUGCGAUGUCUCCGUCCGAGUAUAGCUCGUCCCCGGAAAUAGCGCUGCAUGUUGACCCGGGCGUUGUCCUGCGUUGUCUCGGGCGUUGUGCGCAGCUCGCGAGGAUCGACAGCCCCGCUGAUCAGCGACCAGUGGGCCUGGGCAGCGGGCACAAGCGCGAGGGCAAAGGGACCGCAAAGAAGGGUGGGAUCACCCUCCCCCUUCAUCAGCGCAGAGUAGCCAAGAGGGCCGCCCCCGAGGGAGACAUUGUGGGUGGAAGCAUCGGUCUCGGCGACAGUCAGGACCUCUUCUACACCGUCGCGCUCGAGGUCGGCACUUCGACCACUACCGUGAACCUCGACACGGGUUCCAGCGAUCUCUGGGUCAUGUCCACCGCCUGCAAAACGUCAGCGUGCAAACAGUCGAAAGCUGCCCCUUACGACGUCACGAAAUCCUUCAAAGCCUCCGGCAAGUCCGUCUCCCUUCAAUACGGAGACUCGACCAGUGGCACCCACGCCAGCGGCCCCGUAGGCUACGACUCUGUCACCCUCGCUGGCCUCAACCUCCCCGACCAGACGCUCGCCGCGAUCAACGACACCGACAACUCGGCCGUUUCGAAUGGCGGCGCGGGUAUUCUCGGUCUCGGCUUCCCAUCACAGAGCUUCGUCCAGGCCGCCGCCAUCAGCGCCAAGUUCCCCAGCACCACUGGAACGGACACCUUCAUCACGGAGACCGCGACCUAUGGCCCUAUGGUCCCUCGUAUGAUCUACCAGGACAUGAUCGAUGACCCGCUGUUUGCUAUCACCCUUCAACGCAACACCAUCGACGUCUCUGGAGAAGGCCAGAUCACCAUCGGUCAACUUCCGGAUAACGUUACUGAGUCGAACAUCACUUGGGUUCCCGUUCGGCUGUACGCCUCCUCCGAGGGAGGUAUGGCGGCCCCUUCGUUCGCCCCGAACGAAAUUUACCCUCUACGCUGGGAGAUCGAGCUCGACGCCGUGUUCCUCGACGGCAAGCAGUUGCCCAACUCCGCCCAGCCGGGUGCCGGUCAGAACAGCUCCAUUGUGUCCGCCCUCAUCGACACCGGCAACUCGCUCAUCCGCGGUCCGUCCGACGUCGUGAACAACAUCUAUUCGACGGUCUCGCCCGCGUUCGCCGCCUCGUCCUCCGCGUCCCCGACGCUGCCGUGCGAUGCCGCACACGACCUCGUGUUCCAGAUCGGCGGUAAGAAGUUCCCCGUCGACGCGCGCGACUUCGUCUCCCAGAACACGAAGGGUGACGCGAGCACGUGCAUCGCGAACAACAUUGUCGCGACGGACGCGCCGAGCAACGGCGCGCUCUUCAGCUGGAACCUCGGCGACCCUUUCCUCAAGAGCAACAUGGUCAUCUUCUACUACGGCAACCUCACCCACCCUUCCGUCGACCCGCCCCGGAUCGGCUUCGUGUCGCUCGUGCCGGAGAACGACAACAACUUGCUCGAGGAGGCCGUUAAAGAUGCCCAGCAGAACGAUGGCAACUUCGACAGUAAGUGCCCUUACCCCUUCCGUCUUUCCCCAUGCGCGUCCGCUGACGGCUCCGCCGUCAUUACUGAGGGCGGCUCCGCCUCGCAGACGGCUGCGCCGUCUUCGACCGCGCAGCCCGCGUCCUCCGCCUCGAACUCGGGCACGACGACGACCGUCCUCAUCUCGUCCGCGAGCGCGAGCGCGUCGCCGACCGAGUCGACGAAGGGCAACGCCGCGGGCGCUCUCCGUCUGCCCGCGUUCGGGGCCGCGUUCUGGACGCCGGCGGCGCUCGUGUCGCUCUCGCUGUUCUCGUCGCUGUUCAUGCUCUGA